AUGUUUAACUGUGGUAAGUGUCCUGCGGUAUUCAGCCGAAAGUAUAAUUUGGAUAGACACGAGAAAACGCAUAAUGCAGUCCGCCUCUCUUGUCCAUCUUGCAUUUUAGCAUUUUCCGACAAGUCUAACUUGGCGCGCCAUAUGAAGAUCAAACAUGGUAUUGCUCGUAUACCUACAGUACAACAUAAUGAGGAAGUUGUUCCUCCACUCCACAGUGUAUCCGUCAUUCAACCAGAACCAAUGACCGUCAGUCGAAUAAUUCCAGACGGAUACAUAGAGCUUGCUCCGCAAAUACUUGUACCAGACACUCCAGCUGGUCCAUCUAGCAGUAGUCAAGUCAUGCGGGAAUCAGCUAUUCUCCCAGUACGCGAAAAUGAGCAAUGGCUUGAUGAUGAAGCGAGCGACGAAAUAUGUGUGGAAACGAUGAAAUAUGUUGAGGAUGCGGGGCUAUGCGAUGAGUCAGGUUAUUCUAAUCGUCCUGGGUGUAUACAAAACAGCGAUAAUGAAAAUAACGAUAGAGGUGUGGGUGACGAAAAUAACGGUAGAGGUGCGGGUGACGAAAAUAAUGGUAGAGGAGUAGGUGACGAGAAUAAUGAUAGUGAAGGGGGUGACGAAAAUAUUGAAAGCGAAGAGGGGGAGGGAGAUCAGGUUAUGGAGAGAAAUGGUGUUACUUAUAUUUCUUUACCAGGUGAAAUUCAGAGAAAACGGGGGACGAUAAAUCCACAGAAUAAAGAUCGACACUGUUUCAAAUGGAGUGUUCUGGCAAAACAUGUCACUGGUAGAAACAGGUGUCGUAUCGGAAAUAAUUACCACCAACAUUCUGAAAAAUAUGACUUCUCAGGUUUAUCGUUCCCUACGCCGUUGAGCGAAGUUAAAAUUUUUGAACGGAAGAAUCCUUCUGUUAGUAUUAAUGUUUAUGGACUGGAGCAAAAAUUAAACCCCCUAUUAAAAACUAAGUCGUAUAUUGUUUUUCCGCUGAAAGUCGUCGACAAGGAGAAAGAAGAACAUAUUGAUUUACUCUACAUUACGAAGGAGGAAAAAAUGCAUUAUAUUUAUAUAAGCAAUUUUUCUAGGCUUAUUCGUUCUCAAUCGACGGGGCAUGUAGCGAGUCGCGUGUUUUGUAAGCGAUGUUUUACUUCUUUUGACAAUAGAGAGCUUAAACAUAGAAAAAAUGGUCAAGCGGGGCUUGACGAGCAUAUGAUAAUUUGUGGGUCCCAUAACGCGAUUUUACCUGUAAUGCCUAAACCCGAAGAUCAAAUCAAAUUCAAGUCAUGGGAAAAUACGGUUCGACAUCCUAUUGUAAUAUAUGCUGACUUCGAAGCGCUGUUAGUGAAGACCGAUGAGAGUAGGGGGAAUAAUACAACAGUCAUGCAUAGACAUAAAGCUAUGAGCUACGGAUUCUUGAUUAAGGCGGCUGAUAACGUAUCAAAAGAACUGUUAGAUAAAUAUAUGAUUCCGACAACACCGGUUAUUUACCGAGGAAAUGUAGACUGUGAGGAGGUAGCCAAACAUUUUGUAGACGCAAUCGUAGAUGUAGGUAGGCGGAUAGAAAAGUUACUGAAAACUAAUAUAACAUUAAUUAUGAGCGAUGAAGAAGAAAAAACACACCAAGAGUGUAAAAUAUGUAAUUUAUGUAAACGUACAGUAUUCAGAGGUGAAAAAGUUAGAGACCACGACCAUCUAACAGGUAAAUUUAGACAGACUCUUUGUUCUAAAUGCAAUCUUAUAUUACAACAGCCGAAAUUUGUACCGUGUUACUUACACAAUUUAAGUAACUAUGACUCUAAUUUUAUCAUUUCUGAACUAGCUUACGAUACCAAGUCUAUUAAUGUCAUCCCGAAUACUGAAGAGAAAUUUAUUUCUUUUUCAAAAUAUUUAAGUAGUACUUUCACUAUACGGUUUAUUGAUACGAUGAGGUUUAUGGCGUCGAGCUUGGAAAGUCUUGCUGAAAAUCUUAUAACCCCAGGCCUUGACAAAUUCCGCGAGACAGGCAAACAUUUUGCUGCCGGAGAUAUGUCACUCGUUACUCGUAAGGGGGUAUAUCCUUACGAGUAUACGGAUAGUUGGGGGAAAUUAGAUGAGGAGAGUUUACCAGGGAAAGACGAAUUUUAUAGUACACUUAAAGAAAAAGCGAUUAAAGACGAGGAGUAUGAUCACGCUGUGGUGGUUUGGGAGCACUUUGCGUGUAAAACAUUAGGAGAAUAUUCUGAUUUAUACUUAAAAAUUGACGUGCUUUUGCUUGCUGACAUAUUUGAAAACUUUCGAGAUGUAUGUAUGAAAGCUUAUGCCAUCGAUCCUGCUUUUUAUUAUACUGCUCCAGGAAUGUCUUUUCAUUGUAUGUUGAAAAAGACAAAAAUUAGAUUACAGCUUUUAUCAGAUUACGAGAUGUUGUUAAUGUUCGAAAAAGGUAUUCGUGGAGGACUGGUGCAGGCGAGCAAGCGGUAUGCGACCGCAAACCAUGAGAAAGUUCCAGAUUAUGAUGCUGAGAAAGAAAAAUCGUGGUUGGUGUAUCAGGAUUGUAAUAAUCUCUAUGGUUACGCGAUGAGUCAAUACAUGCCCACUGACGGAUUUAAAUGGGUUAAACCUACGCUUGCAGGAUUAAAUGAUUUAGACGACACUUCACCUAUAGGACGUAUUUAUGAGGUGGAUAUAUCAUAUCCUAAAGAAGUGCACGAUCGGCAUAACGACUUUCCGUUUCUCCCUCAAAACGCUACCCCCCUCGGCUCAAAGGUUCCAAAACUGAUGGCAACCCUAGAGUCAAAAAAAAACUACAUUGUUCAUUACAGAAACCUUCAGCAGGCUAUUAAAAACGGAUUAAUAGUCGAAAAAGUGCAUAGAGUUAUUCAAUUCAAUCAGUCAGGGUGGUUAGCUGAAUAUAUAUUAUUGAAUACGAAUUUGAGGAAGAACUCGAAAAAUGAUUUUGAGAGUCAAUUUUUUAAGCUCAUGAUUAACGCUGUAUUUGGGAAAACCCUUGAAUCGAUGAGGCAUAGAUUAAAAAUGGAAAUCGUAGUGAGUGACAGGCGAUUACAAAAACUUAUAAACAAAUCAACGUUCAAACAUUGUACUUCGUACAAGGAAAAUCUUUCGGCUGUUUCGUUAGAAAAUAAGAUCAUUGAAUUCUGUAAACCCAUAUAUAUAGGUUUUGCGGUCCUUGAUGUUUCAAAAAGUUUGAUGUAUGACUAUCACUAUGAGGUAAUGCAGAAACAUUACGGAGACAAAAUCGACCUCAUGUAUACUGACACUGAUUCACUGGUGUACCAUAUAUUCACCGAUGAUUUUUACGAGGACCUAUUAAACUACCCUAUUUUACUUAACCGGGAAGCUAAAGAACUUGAGCGGGAACUUGAGAGGGUGGAAGCAGAGAUGGUAGCAAUGAUGGAGGGAAUAGGAUAUUAA